AUGACGUCGGCGGAAGAAGGAGAAGGAGAAGAAGAAGAAGAGGAGGAGGAGGAGUACGACUUUGACUACAGCGAUGAGGACGAGGACAUGGAGGACGCCGAGGCCGCCGACCUCCACGUGCAGAUCGAGAACGCGUACUACGCGGCCAAACAGCUGCUGGAGGGCGAGUCGCCGAAGCGCGAGGCGGCGCUGGGGGCGCUGGAGCGCGUGCUGGAGCUGCAGAGCGAGCAGACGGACUGGGGCUUCAAGGCGCUCAAGCGGACGGUGAAGCUGCUGUUCGAGCUGCACCGACACGACGAGGCGCUGCAGCGGUACGAGGCGCUCUUGGGGUACACGAAGACGGCGGUGACGCGCAACGUGGGGGAGAAGGGCAUCAACAGCAUUCUGGACUACGUGUCGACCAGCAAGAACUGGGAGAUCCUGCAGAGGUUUUACGAAACGACGUUGGAGACGCUCAAAGAAGCGCGGAACGAGAGGUUGUGGUUCAAGACGAGCGUCAAGCUGGGCAACUUGUUGUACGAGAUUGGAGACUUUUCGAGGCUGAGCAAGGUUAUAAAGGAGUUGCUGAUGUCGUGCAGUGACGAGGACGCAGACGAUUGUGUCCGGAAAAACUCGCAGUUGCUUGAAGUAUACGCGCUGCAAAUUCAAAUGUACACGGCACAGAAAGACAACAAGAAACUAGUGUCGAUCUAUGAGAAGGCCUUGCGGACCAAGUCGGGCGUCGCACACCCGAAAAUCAUCGGUGUCAUCCACGAAUGUGGCGGCAAGAUGUACAUGAUGCAACGCGAGUGGGACAAGGCUCGAAGCGACUUUUUUUCCGGCUUCAAGAGCUACGACGAAGCUGGCGAACCGCGUCGGCUUCAGUGUCUAAAGUACUUGGUGUUGGCCAACAUGCUGAGCGAGUCGCAGGUCAACGUAUUUGACUCGCAGGAAGCCAAGCCGUACGAAAAUGACAAGGAGAUUGUGGCCAUGACAAUGCUGACCGACGCUUUCCUGCACGACGAGAUCAAGACGUUCGAGAAGGUGCUGACGCGGAACCAAGAAGCCAUCAUGGACGACCCUUUCAUCAAGCACUACAUCGACAGUCUGCUGCGAACGAUCCGGAGCAAGGUGCUUCUCAAGAUUGUCAAGCCCUACCGCACCAUGGACACCCAGUACAUUGCACGUGAGCUGAACGGGAUCCCGCUUUCCGAAGUGGAGUCGUUGCUGUCGGCGCUCGUGCUGGACAAGAAAAUUGAGGCACGGAUCGAUCAGGUUCGCCACACGCUCGUGCUUUUGGACUGCAAGCCUGAAGAAAAGUUUCAAACAUCCAUCAAAGGUUGGUGCGAUGCCCUUGAGAAGUUUCAUUCAUGUACGAUGGACCGCAUUAGCACUGGAAGUGGAAUGUAA